ACUAUUCAAAAGAAGAGCUCUCCAAAGUCAAAAGUUGACAACCUCAUGUAGAAAAGAAAACGAGUUGUCCUACUAGACACAGCUCAAUAGUAAAAAUUAGAAUGCAAUCAGCCACUUUAAUUUUCCGUUAUUCCCCAGCUUUGCGAUGUUGUAAGAGGCAUGUGGCAAAGCUGAAAUUGAUUCCAAUCACACAUGGUCAUGGAGCUGCCAUUCAAGUUUCUUCACAAAAAUACAAAUCAACAGCUGCAGAUGUAAUUCCGCCACCUCCUGUAGAUAUUUCUUCCAAAAUAUAUGCUCCCAAAAUAGAACAACUUGUUAAAGAUAUUGGUCAACUUACUUUAUUAGAAGUUUCUGACUUAAAUGAGCUUUUAAAGAAAACCUUAAACAUUCGAGAUGCACCAAUGAUGCCAAUGGGAGGAGCAAUGCCAGUUGUUGCACAAAAGGCUCCAGAAGAUGACGAAGAAGCAGCACCAAAAAGAGAGAAAGUUAUCUUCACAGUGAAACUAAUUCGGUUUGAUGCUGGAAAGAAAGUCCAGCUUAUUAAAGAAAUAAAAAAUUUAGUGUCAGGACUUAAUCUUGUUCAGGCAAAGAAGUUUGUUGAAUCUGUGCCCCAAAUUGUAAAGGCUGAUGUUUCUAAAGAAGAGGCUGAGAAAUUAAAAACAGCUUUGGCGGCAGUCGGAGCUGAAGUAGAUAUUGAAUAGUCUUUAACUGACAAUGGAUGAGGUGCAUUUGUAGAAUGAUUGUGUUGAAGGUAUAUGUGAUAAAUGAGUAUUUUUGAUCAAUGCAUGAAAUUUCUUCAUAGUCUGUUAUAAUUUAGCCAAAAAUCAAAUAUCGAUUAUCAUUCUAUGCUAAUGAGAUAUACAAUUUGGUGUUUUUUGGCAGUAGUUGUCCUGACAAUUUUGUUAAUUACCAAUGAAACAAUUUAAGAAAAUUUUUUGCCACUUCUUAAGUUCAUAUCAUGGUCAUUAAACUUUUUUUAAAUAAAACAUU